AUGAGUACUACAGUUGGUGUAUCUGAUAUUACGGCUGAUCAAUCGGAACUCAAUCGGGAAUCAUACAUUUCAUAUCCAUCGUAUGGCAUUGACAAUACACCAGCUCAAAGUUCUUUUGGACAUUUAAAUCAUAUGAAUCAUGGUGAAUAUCAAAACAGAUUAAAUGGUGGAGAAGAUGAAUAUUUACCAGGUGAUAUUAAAGAAAACAUUAGUGGAAAUAAUAAUAGUAAUGAGGAUAUUCCCAUGAACGAUGAUCGAUCAGAGUAUACUAACAUGAAAACAGAAGAAAGUUAUCACGAUUCUACGUGUCCAUCGCAUUCAGAACAAGAAUUGGAUCAAGACAUUUUGAAAAAUGAACAUGGCAAAAAUGAAUUGGUUGCUGAACAAAAUAUGGAAUGUUUAAAUAUUCAAAAUGUUGAAAAUCAACAAAAAUUAUCGUUUAAUCAAAUCAAAGAAGAUUUAGAGAAAAAGAACGUGAUUGGUUCCCUUCAACCACUACGACCUGAACAAUAUAUUAUGCAUCAUCAAGCUGGUUUGAUUAAACAACAAGAGAUGUUAAUUCUAAAUCCACAAACUGGCGAUGUAUUAAGUGAUCAAUAUUCAUCACAUCAUCAAACAAAUACAAUAACAACAGGUGGCACACAUCACUUCGCUAGAAAUAUAGCAUCGAAUAAUUCUGUGGUAGUUCCUACAGGCGGAAAUGUUAGUGGCCCUCCAGUUGGAUCUGGAACAGUAGCAGGUCAACAGAAAGGUUCUACUAUUUAUCCUAAAACUGGCCAAAAUCCUAUUGAUGGAGGAACAAAUGGAGGUGUUGGUGCUAACAGCAGUGGAAAUGCUGGUGGUGGCCCUGGAAAAAGUGGAGCUUUAGUUGGUGGUGGUUUGGAUAGAUCUCGACAAGUAUAUAAUAUGUUUGAAUGUCAAAUGUCACAACUUACAGUAUUUUUGGAUCGUGCACUUAUAUGUAGACGUAUUAGACCACGUUUCAAUGCAUCGGAUAUUACAGAAGUUGUUUUUGAGCAUUUAUCACCAGCUAUUGAUAAAGAUUCUAUUCGUGUGGAAAUUCGUGGAGCUGCAACUAUUCUAGAUGUGAGCUUUUCAGCAAAAUCAUUAUCUGGUGAAGAAGAUACUUGGUCACAAUGUGUUAAUGAGCUAUUGGUUGAAUUACGCCAAUGUCGUCGUCGUGCAGAUAAUCUAGUCAAUAGAAUUAUCCGUACAGAAAAACAACGUUGUGUUCUUGAAACAUUUGCUGAUAGUUUGUCACGUCGUGAAGAUGAGAUUCUGUUGGGCGGUAAUCAUCACGGUCAUGUGACAUUGAAUAAUUUACCAAAUCACACAGGUGUUGCAGAUCAAGUAAAUAAUAUCCCGUCACAAGGAGCAACAUUAUCGGGAGGAACAACACCAGCAAAUGCUCAAAUAGCGGCAACGACUGUGGAACAUAAAUGUAUAAAUGAUAUCGUUAAUCCUUAUGAUCCGAGAAAUGUGGAAACGUUGCAUAAAUUUCUUGAAAUUUACAAAGAUGAAGCUGAACGAUUUGAUACAGUUUUAAUGGAUACUACUGAAGAAUUGGAACAAGUUCGUACACGGAUUGAGACAUUGGAAAAAGAAGUUCGUGAUAUAGAAUUAAAGCAAGAUGAACAUUUAGCCAGAGAAUUAAGUGUACUUGUUGAACCAAGAGAAACAGGUCAAGUUGAAAUGCUUGUUUCUUAUGUGGUAAAUCGUUGUGGAUGGAAACCAGCUUAUGAUAUUCGUAUUUUUAACAAUGAUGGAACAAUGAAAAUAGUUUAUUAUGGUAUGGUUCAACAAGCUACUGGUGAAGAUUGGGAAACGCGUUAUAUGACUUUAUCGACUGCACAACCCGGUAUAGGUGGUACAGUUCCACAUUUAGGCGUACAACGAGUACAUUUUCGUAGAGACAUAUCGCCUGAUUCUAGUCGUCAGUUACAAAGUAUAGACAAAUCUAAUUUAAAUGAAAAAACAUCUCGACUACCAUCUGCUGGUACAAUUCCUUCUUAUUCUAAACGUAUUUCUGCCAAUGCAGCUGUAUUUUAUCAAACACCUCCAUUGCAACGUUCCGAUUUUACGCGUGGAUUAACUGAUACUAUUUCAUAUGAAAUGACUGAUCGUCUUUCUGCAUAUUAUGACAAUUCAACUGAAUAUUGCUCUACACUUGGACGAAGUGAUAGUAUGGCAUCAACUACGUUGCAUUCAUCGCUUGGUCGUCGAAAUAAACUACAUCCAAGAUCGAAAUCACGUGAAACAAUACGUACUAUAACUCAGCGUGAUGGUAUCACACCAUCUGGAACACUGCAACGUGGUGGUAGUAUUGAAAGUACUUAUGCAACUGGAUUACGUUCCUCUAGCACUAGACCUAUCAGUAGACGUACAUUAGGAUCAAGUAUGUUGUUCAACUCCGUCACUUCUCAGAGUCCUUUGUUAUCAAAUCGAAUUUCUACUUUAAUGAAUUCACAACCUGCACUAUUGCCUACAUCACAACAAUCUGCACCGCCUGUUGGAACAGUUGCAACGAUACAACUGGAGGUCCCACGACCCCCGGCAAUAAUUCGGUGUGAUAACGAACCUAAUCGUGUCACUGUCGGGUUGUUAGAUUUACAACCACGUUAUGAAUACGUAACUGUGCCAAAGCGUUCUUUGUAUGCUUAUUUGAAAGCGACAGCCGUGAACAAUACGGAGUUUUCUAUCUUGGCUGGUCCAACUAACAUAUAUGCUGAUAAUACUUUUAUUGGAAAAUCUGAAAUACGUGCUGUCGCUCCAGGCGAAGAGUUUAAUUGUCACUUAGGCGCUGAGAAUGGCAUAAAAAUACUGUAUCGCCCAUUAUUCAAAUAUCGUGAAGGUACCGGUUCGAGUGGAAAAAAUGCUACAAUGACAUUUAAACAAUUAAUUGAAGUACGUAAUACAUUUGAUCGUCGUGUACGUUUAAUGGUUGUUGAUCAAGUUCCAGUCAGUGCAGAGGAUAAAAUUAAAGUUAGCCUUUUAGAGCCAACAAUUAAACAUCCAGAAAAAUAUGAUAAAAAUAGACCAAUCAGAAUGAAUAAAUUCAAUAAUGUUGAAUGGGACUUGGAUCUAGGUCCAGGUGAAAUUCGUGAAUUAACACUGAAAUAUUCAGUGGAGCAUCCAAUCAAUGAAGAUUUAGACGUUUCUGUUUCUGAAAACUAA